AUUGCUCGGUCUCUAUUUUGAUGUUUUGAGUUGGAUGCAUGAGUUGACUGUUUUGAGUAAGUGGUUGAGUCAAGUCUAGGUUGGUUGGUGAACAUAAGGGAGACUCUUCCUUUACUCGAUUUUGCUGCACUCGAAUGUCCUUUGUGGUGGUUGUCCAGGUUGCUAUUGAGGUUGUUCAUGUAUUGAUGUUUGAAAACCAGUAUGAUUCACGUGUUCUGUGCCUUUAUGACUUGUCCCCAAUGUUGGUCGAUUGAAAUAUGUGAGCUUACCUUGUAUCUGACUUGGUUUGCUUGGGGACAAGCAAACGGUUAAGUGUGGGGGAGUUUGAUAGACCGUUAAUUACACAUGAUUUUACCCCUGUUCUUACACCGUUUGAGGUGUUGAUUCUCGUGUUUUAGACCGAUUUCACGCUAGGUUGUGCUUGUUUGUGAUAUUUCAGGUCCUAGUACGUGAAUGGAGGCUUGGGAGCGAGUUUGGAGUCGAUUGGACGAAGAUCGGACGCGUGGCGAGGUGUUAAGUAAGCCGCACGGGCAUUCCUGGACAUCACACGGCCGUGCAACUCACAUUUGUGGCCGUGUGAUUUUCGCCGAGAGCAAACACGGGCAGGAUGGAAAUCCCACAUGGCCGUGCGACCCUGGCCAUGUGGGAAGCCUGAAGAUCGAACUAAUUGAUACGCCGCGUUUUGACUCACACGGGCAACUGGAUGAGCCACACGGCCGUGUGGCCUGCCCGUCUGAGUCGGGAAAUCUUGGUUUUUCAGCCAAUUUCGAGCCACAAGUGAAGAGAUCGGACUUUUUGAGCAAAAACAGGGCCCUAGAGAGAGAAAGUACGAAGAACACAUCCUAGAAGCUAUCUUGGAGCUGGGUUUCAUCAAAUCAAACUUGGAUAUCGUCAUAGGACUAGAAAUCAUCAUCCCAGAGCAUAUUCUUUCCAUUGUAAUGAGUAUGACUGCUUUGUACCUUGUUUUCCUCUCUCUCUCUAUGGAGUAGAACCUCUCUCUCACUUGGGGAUGAAGAACCCUAGUUCUAUGUGUUAGGGAUUGAUUGUAAUGACUUGGGAUGAUAUUACUGUUUGAUUUUAAUCGAAUGAUGCAUGUUUAUUGAGUCAAUUGAAGUCUGAUCAACUUUUCCUGAUUCCUGCUGCAAUCUGAGAUAGAUAGAAUCUGAUUAGGUUGCUAGAGUCUCAUCAUUCGGUAGUAGGAGAUUGGCUAUACGAGAGUUAGCCAGUUUACUGCUUUGUACUGGAAUCUAAUUCCAGUAGUGGAGUUCUGUUCUUACUGCUUCAGCUUUCUAUCCCGGUGAAGACUAGUCGUCUCCCGGGUAGUUAGAUUGAGAGGGCUUGGUCAGCUUAAGAGAUUCCAAGCUACUGUCGGAUCUUCCGCAGUUUAAUCAACAGUAAAUCAACUCAGGGAAAUACAUUUGAAACCUAACUAAGGAGCUAGGGGGACUCAUUCCCGAGUGACUCUUACCUGCUUGAGAAAACCGUAUCAAUUCCUGCUUUCUUUCUGUUUUUGCUUUUACACAACAAACACUUAACUUAGUUGGCUAGAUAAUAGAGAAUCACUGAGUAAGUAGUAGAUCUAGACCCCGGGUUGAUAAUAUAACUUGUUAUUUUACUGCAUUCCCGGACUGCGAUUAUACUUGGUCGUAGUUUGGUGUUGUGUUUUGGCGUGUCAAUACCAUUUUUCAGCAAGUUGAAAUUAUGUUUCUUCUAAACGAGAAGAAUAUCAAAAAGUGACCCAAUGUUUCAUAUUAUAGCAAUGAGGAUGCAAAUGGAUAUAAUGAGAAGAUUGUGACCCAUUGUGAUUAUUACAAUUAUAUACUCCAAACAAGACUGGAAUAAUCAAACACAUUGCUAUUGUGUGGAAAGUUGUUCCAACAAUAUGUUGUUAAUGCAUAUGCACUGGUUGAGGCUGAGCGUUUGGAUUGAAUUAAAAACAAUAAAAAAGUUGCGACAACAUUACUACCAAUGUCUUUUGGAUUCUUACUUGAGAGGCGGUUUGAAUAUUAGAUUAAGUGAAAAACAUGUGAUUUUAGCUUCAUCAAAUGCAUGUAGUCCCUGUAUAAGUAUGAAAGUUUCCCGGAUGCUAUGACAAUUUAUAGAUGGCAGGAUAUCCACAUCUUUUUAUUACAUAUACAUGUCUUCACACGAGCUUUCAAACUGAAGCUUUUGGAGAAGAAAUUUUUGGGAAAACAUGUGCAUGUAAGUUAUAUUUUAUAGUUCUACUUUUAAGCAUAGAUGGUUCAUUAUUUUUAUGCAAACUAUUAUUUUACAAUUUUAAUAAUGAUGAUAAUUUUUUCACGGCAGAUGUAAUGGUCAUUGAAUUUCAAAAGCAUGAUCUACCUCAUGCUCAUUUAUCAGUUUUACUUAAUGCGGAAGAUAAAUUAUAUAGUCCUUCAGAAAUAUAUUCAGUUAAAUAUGCUGAAACCCCAUAUCCUUAUUAAGAAAAUUUAAAAUUAGAAGAUUGUUUCUCUUGGUUGGGAAACCUAAAUUAACAAUCUAUGGUAAAAACUAAGUGCAAAGGCAUGAUAAGACUAUGGUGUUAUUUAAAUGAUUGGAAAAUCCUUAGUUAAAUCAUAAAAUUUAGUAAGGGAACUCUAUGUUAGUGAUACAACGUAUUGAGUAAAAUUGAUAUUUUUCUCUAAGAAUUAUCUUAUAUUUAAUGAAUAACCAUUAGCUAA